AUGUCAAACAAUACUCCUCCUCAUUCAAAGUAUGAUGUUUUUGUAAGCUUUAGUGGCAAGGAAAUCCGUAGCGGCUUUCUUAGCCAUUUGGUUAAGGCUUUUUGUCAAAAGCAAAUAAAUGCUUUUGUUGAUGACAAACUUAAGAGGGGAGAUGACAUAUCAGAUUCACUUGGUGAAGCAAUCGAAGGAUCAUUCAUUUCAUUGAUCAUAUUCUCAGAAAACUAUGCUUGUUCACAUUGGUGUUUAAAAGAACUUGUGAAAAUAGUUGAGUGUAAAGAGAAAUAUGCACAAAUUGUAAUACCUGUUUUCUUCAGGGUAGAUCCUACAGAUAUACGACAUCAAAAAAGGAGUUAUGAAAAUGCAUUUGCUGAACAUGAAAAAAAGUAUAGCUCAUAUGAGGUGCAGAUGUGGAAACAUGCUUUGAAAAUAUCUGCUAAUUUGUCAGGAAUUACAUCAUCAAGUUUUCAGUAA